GAGUUUAAUUUAAAAAAGGGGAGGAGUAACGGAUUUACGUCACAGGCCGAGAGAGGAGGAGGAGGAGGAGGAGGAGGAGAGGACUGAGAGAGGGAUACUGUCCUCCUGUUCCCACACCUCAUCCGUUUACGGGUGAUUCAACACUGGACGACUGUUGAGGAUAUUUCGUCUGCGACUCUGCCCGUGAGGAGCGACUCGUCCAACCGGUCGACUGUCCGCGAGCUACUCGGGCUACAUGGCCAGCGGGCACAAUACAGCUAACCGCUAGCUUCAGCACCACCCGGCGAACGGAAGAGUCGUAGCAGGGGAAUGGCAAGAGUUUGCUCCGAUAGCCCUGUCGGAAGAAACAACGAGUAGCCAGAAGGAACCAGCCCCAGCUUUAUUUAGUUCUUCGAAUCACCGGUUGUUGGUGUUACUGCAAUCACAACCAUGGUGCAGAAGUACCAGUCACCUGUCCGGGUGUACAAGCAUCCCUUUGAGCUGGUGAUGGCGGCCUACGAGCGCCGGUUCCCGACCUGUCACCUUAUCCCCAUGUUUGUGGCGAGUGACGUGGUGGAAGAGGAGGGCAAUGAGGAAGGUUCCACCAACAGGGUUGAGCGCCGCUGUGCCCUGGAUGUUGACGCCCCGCGCCUGCUCAAGAGGAUUGCCGGUGUGGACUAUGUCUACUUCAUCCAGAAAAACACACUGAACCGAAAGGAGAGGACACUUCACAUCGAGUCCCACAAUGAGACCUUCUCCAACAGGGUCAUAAUCAGUGAGACCUGCUGCUAUUCGGUUCACCCUGAGAAUGAGGACUGGACUUGUUUUGAGCAGACCGCCAGCCUGGACAUCAAGUCCUUCUUUGGCUUUGAGAGCACUGUGGAAAAGAUUGCUAUGAAGCAGUAUGCCAGCAGUAUCAAAAAGGGAAAAGAAAUCAUAGAUUUCUACCUGAAUGAGCUAGAAGAUGAAGGAAUCAUCAAUGUGCCGCGCUGGACUCCCUCAUCACCUCCUGUGUCGCUCCCGAGACCAACCAGCCUCUUCACCAGCCCAACUGUCCUCCCCAAACUGGUGGUCACGCCUGCUGUUUCUAUCCCGCUGCCCACUGACGCCAAGGACAUCACCCGUCAGGAGAUCGAGCAGGACAGCAGCACACUUCAGGCAGACAGCCUCACAGAGAUUCUGCCUGGUACACCUGAAGAUAAAUUGGAUGCAGAUUAUAUCAAACGUUACCUAGGCGACCUGACCCCCCUGCAGGAGAGCUGUCUGAUCAGACUUCGCAAAUGGCUGCAGGAGACUCACAAGGGAAAGAUUCCUAAGGAUGAGCACAUACUGCGUUUCUUGCGUGCCAGAGACUUCAACAUGGAGAAGGCACGGGAGAUCCUUUGCCAGUCACUGACCUGGAGAAAGCAGCACCAGGUGGACUACCUGCUGGAGACCUGGACCUCACCACAGGUCCUCCAGGACUACUACACCGGGGGCUGGCACCACCAUGACAGAGAUGGGCGUCCUUUGUACGUCCUGCGGUUGGGCCAGAUGGACACCAAAGGACUGGUCCGCGCUCUCGGAGAAGAGUCUCUGCUCAGACACGUGCUGUCUAUUAAUGAGGAGGGUCUGAGACGCUGUGAGGAGAACACCAAGGUGUUUGGUCGACCAAUCAGCUGUUGGACGUGUCUAGUGGAUCUGGAGGGGCUGAACAUGCGUCACCUGUGGCGCCCAGGGGUCAAGGCGCUGCUGAGGAUCAUCGAGGUUGUGGAGGCCAACUACCCAGAGACUCUGGGACGGCUGCUUAUCUUGAGAGCCCCCAGGGUUUUCCCUGUCCUCUGGACACUGGUGAGUCCAUUCAUUGAUGAAAACACCCGCAAGAAGUUCCUAAUAUAUGCAGGCAAUGACUACCAGGGUCCCGGAGGGCUGGUGGACUACAUAGACAAGGAGAUCAUCCCUGACUUUCUGGCAGGGGAGUGUAUGUGUGAGGUACCAGAGGGCGGCCUAGUUCCCAAGUCAAUGUACCGCACAGCUGAGGAGCUCGAGAACGAAGAUGUCCGCAUGUGGACCGAGACUAUCUACCAAAGUGCCAGCGUCUUCAAAGGAGCUCCACACGAGCUUCUGAUAGAGAUCAUUGAUGCCUCCUCAGUCAUCACCUGGGACUUUGACAUGUGCAAAGGCGACGUGGUUUUCAACAUCUACCACUCCAAGCGGGCCCCCCAGCCUCUACGUAAAGACCCCCUGGGAGCUCAUGUCAUCACUUCUCCAGUAGGCAACAAUGUCCAGCUUAUUGAUAAAUCAUGGAUGCUGGGGCAAGAUUACAGCAUGGUGGAGACCUCGCUCACUUGCAAGGAGGGCGAGAGUGUACAGGGCUCUCAUAUUACACGGUGGCCAGGUUUCUACAUCCUCCAGUGGAAGUUCCACAACAUGCCGGCCUGCUCGGCCACCAACCUGCCCCGUGUGGACGACGUGCUGGCCACCCUGCAGGUCUCCUCGCACAAGUGCAAAGUCAUGUACUACACUGAGGUGUUGGGCUCUGAGGACUUCAGGGGUUCGAUGACCAGCCUGGAGUCGAGCCACAGCGGCUUCUCUCAGCUCAGUGCCGUCACCACCUCCUCCAGCCAAUCUCAGUCCAGCUCAAUGAUCUCCAGGUAGAAACAGGAGGCUGAGGACUCUCCCCCCCCCCAACCCCCCCAGCAGCAAGUCUCUCUUGAACUGAAGCAUGCUUGCACAAAUGGAAAACAAUGAAUAAAAUCUGAGGCAAAAAGAAGAAAAACAGACUGUACAAUUUUAAAGGGCUGAUUUUUUUUUUUGCACAAAGGUGAUAUAUUUUGUGUGCCUGGUAUCUCAGCUGGGCUGCAGUUUGAAUCAAAACAUCAGCAGAAUGUUUGUUUGUGUGGAAAGGUUAAAGGUCGGGAGAUGAAUUGCGGUGCCUUUGUGGCACGAGAAGCUGAAAUGAGCAAUAUUCUCAUCCUUGGAGCUACGAGAUCAGAUGAAAACACUGGAGGCGCUGUUACAUAUAUGCAUUUACAUCUACACCCAUCUACACGAAACAUACCUCAUUCAUGUGCGCUCUCUGAUGAACUGGAUGUGCUGUUACAAACACACACACACACACACACAUAGACACACACGUGGACAUUUAAUGACGUGCAACAAUUUACAGUGUUUGCCAUAUUUCCAGAGGGGUUUCUUCAAUCUGGUGAAUUGUUUAUAGGUCAAGUGUGGGAGGGCGUAGUAAAUUCUGAACAGGACUUGGGUCAAAGAUCACCUGCAAUGUUUUUCCAUCGUCAUGGCGUGGAUGGAGGGGGUGGAGCUUUACUGAAUCACGACAAUGCAGAUGAUGUCAGCAAAGUCGCCAGUUGACAUGAGCUUUCAUCGUCGUUUGUGGCAAACCCCACCUGUCCGACUCACGAGGGCUUUAUCACAGCUUGAAAAUCAUUUGAAUAUUUGACCUGGGCCUGACUCUUAGCGAAGUCAAUCCGCGAGAAGCAAUAACACGAGUUUGACUUUCUACUGUGUGAAAUAUUUCUAUUUUAUCAUUCUUGUGUAUGUGAACGAUCAUGGGUGCUGAUUGCAGAUGAGCUUUUAGUUUUUUGUAAGUUGUGUCCUGGCAGAUAGAUAAACUGAGCCAGUUAACAACAAAGUUCUGUGGCGAUAUCGUUCUGUCAGGAGAGAAGCAAAAAUAACUCCACAGCUUUUUCUCCUGGAUUUAUCUUUUCUCCUGGAUUUUGUUUUUAUUUUCCUUGGAAUGACCACAGUUGUUUUGCUUUCUGCAAAAACCUGUUAUGAAAGAGAUGCCUUGUUGCUGAUUUGUGAAUGUGCUACUGAUUGGCUAGUGCUCGCCAACCAAUGAAAUGCCUGAAUUUGGAGGGUUGUGAUGUAAUUGGGCAGAACCGCCAUCAUUCUCUGCUUAUGUUUUAGAGUGAUGCAGAUUUUAUUGUGCAUUACGGAUGAAUGUUACUUGAUAAUAUACUUUGAUGGCAGGCGAGGAGACAACAUAUUGAUACUGUACGUGUACUAGUUUGUUGCUGUAUUUUAGAGAUGCGUAAUUGACAGGGUGAAGCAGUGUGGUGUGUUACGGCAUGUGGUUAUUGGGUUUAAAGAUAUAUUAUUUAAAGAUUGAAAUAUAGAUAUUUUAAGAGUUAUGUGUCAGUAAUACCAUUUUAGCCUUUGUAAACAUCACUUGGAAACGUACCUGCUUUUUUCAAGGUCACCACUGUAAUAGAUGCGCAAUUGUGAAUUGAAUGAACAUUUCGAAAUGCAACACAUCCUGUAAUCCUUGGAUUACCAGUUUUUAUGACUAUUUAUUUGGCUGAUUAGCCUUGAUGACUUCACGUAGAUCCGACUACCUGUCGAGGGCAGAAAUGAUCGCUAUUGCCAAGAGUCAUUCCCAUGCUGUUGCCAUCGUUACCGAGUUCAGCUGGCAGAAAGAAGAAGAAAAAAAAACAGACAAACAUAUAUAAAACUAAGGCUUUCUCUUUAUAUCGCAAUCAGACUCCUAAAAAUACUGGCUCCGUCUGUGGUUUUUGAUACAUGAAACUGCUCGUUUUUUAAAAAAAACUGUUAAUGAAAGGUCAAGAGUAAAGUUGUGCUAACUGUAUGUCAUUAACUGCAAUAACAUGAAAUGCUUAACUGAAAAAAGGACCUCCUCAGAUUGUGGGCUAUUUAAAUUGUGUAUGAUGGUGUAAAAGAAUGAAUGUGGGGGUAAAAGAUAUGCCUGUAAAUUGUGUGUAAACAACUCUUCUCACUUGAAGCAUGUAUAGAAAUCACAACUUAACUUUCUAUCACCUGAUUAUUCCUUCAGGAGGUUGACUUCUAUUUCUUCGAUGGUUCGACUGACGAUGAAACAAACGGCGUCAGUUCAACACCAAACUUAACGGCUCUCAUAGUUCCCAGUCUCUUUCGCUGUGCACUCUGUCACUUGUACACUCCAGGCUUGCUGUUUUGCUUUCUAACACUUUUCAUUGUGUAUAUCUCAGAAAGCAGAGUGGACCUUGAUUGAAGCCAUAGGCAUAAAGAAAGUACUUCGAUGUUUUGUUUAAAUUUUCCAGAAAACCGUCAUGAUAUGCCGUCUCUGACUUCAGCUCUUGCAGUGUGCACUUUUCAUCAAGAUCUCAUGACGAAUGAGGGCUAUAACUGUUUGUUUAUAAUCUGUCUCUCUGCUUCCUUCUCAUGUUGCAUAUCUGCUCUUUACCUUGAUGUGAGGGAUUAUGUGUAAAGUACAUGUUUGGAUUAAUAUAUGGCGCCUUUACAUUUUUUGAAAACAUUAAACUUGGAUUAUGAGAAAAUA